UUUCAAGUCUCUGUGAACCUGAAUGUACUGAAGUUGUGUUUUCACUCAUCAACUUCUUGCUGAUUCACUUCUUCUCUUGAAAAUGAAGACUUUAAGCAGUCCAGUCUUGAUGAUUAUUUUUGGCUUUGCUUUACCGGGUGCUCACUGUGAGCUUCUGGUCUCCGCGCUCGGCCCCACCCGAGUGGACACCACUGCCGGUACCCAUGUGACUCUAGCAGUCUCCUUCAGCGGGGCCCCUGACCCGGCUGUGACCUGGUUCAAGGGUCCUCUCCCCGUCGUCACCUGGACCAUCGGCUCGGACUUUCCCCCCGACAUAGCCCAAAGCCACAGGGAGGUUCUGAGACUGGAGCCCAACGGAUCCCUCACGUUUCUCCACGUGCCUUCAGAGUACAGCAGCAACUACACGCUGGAGAUGACCAAGUCCGGAUUGGGGACCGCUUCUUUGAAUUUCACUCUGAGGGUUUUUGAAACCUUCCAGAACGUGAGUGUCAGGCUGCUGCCGGAGUCGGUGACGGAGGGAAGCCAGGAGUUCACCCUGCAGUACCACAUGCUGCACGGCGUGGUGGAGCAGCAGCUGUGGUUCUUCCUCGGCCGCCCGAUACAAGACGACCCGCGUUACUCGGUGCAGCCCGGCGGCCUCACUGUGCAAAGGCCAAACCGGAACGACACCGGACGCUACCUUGUGUCUCUCAACAACCCUUUCAGCAGCGAGACCGCUCACAUCGACGUCACCGUCUUAUACGGGCCAGAUGAGCCCAGAGUCCAAGUCAGUCCGGCUCAGGACUUUUACCUCUCGGGCGAUUCGCUCACCCUGUCCUGCCGGGCGGACGGGUACCCAGAGCCGACCACAGAGUGGACGUUUGGCGGUCAAACCGUGUCUCCCGGACAGACGGGGGUCAUCAGUCUGACCCACGUACGGACCACCCAAAGCGGCGACUACACCUGCGCAGUGCACAACCAAAUGACUGGAGCGCGGCGACACAAGAGCAUCGUUGUGCUUGUUUACGAGAGCCCGCCAGGGUCCCCCAUGUGCUCGCUGCAGUCAGAAGACAACGUCCGCCUGCAGUAUGGAUGCCAGUGGUCGGGGGGGACGCCGCCCGCCCGCCUGCACUUCCUGGACUUAACCAGCAGCGGCGGCGGCGGCGGCCUGGAGAACUUGACCCUGACUGUCAACGCAUCGGACCAGCUGGAUGGCGAAGGUGUCACCUGCGAGGGCGUCCAUCCAGCAGGAGACCACACCUGUAACAUCACAGCCAACAGUCCCAAGGACUUCCUCCCGGCCGUGGGAACCGGCGUGGAUUCUGAGGGCAAAAUAGUGGUCAGCAUCCACUGCGUCAGCGAGGCCACGCCCCCGACCGUGGUGUCAUGGUACCGAGGCGGCCAAGCUGUGGUCAGCGACGGGGCAGAGGAGGACAUCAGCGACGACACCCAGCGUUUACGUUUACGUCAUCGCAAUGUCAGCGUGCUCCUCCUCCACAACUACACCUGCACCUGCACCAACCCUCUGGGCAGUCGCAGCAGGGACAUUCACCUGCAAGGGCCGGCCAUCUCCGCUUUCGCUUUGUUCCCGCACGAGGACGGCACCAUCGUCACCUUGACCUGGGAAGUCCCGCCCACAUCUAUCGUCACAGGUUUCGACAUCCAAAUGAGCGGACCGGACCUCCCAGGUGUGGAUCGUAAGCGCAGCCCGGACACAUACCGCACCAUCUUGUCCAAACCCGGCUCCGCCAGAAGCGCCGAUAUUCUGGACCUGGAUCCCAAAGCCACGUAUCGCUUCCGGGUCGUCCCCAGAGCUUUGAUGGCGGAGGGUCCGCCAACAGCGCCCCACAGGCUUGGCCCAGGCGAAGGUCUGAGCGGCGCGGCCAUCGCCGGCAUCGCCGCUGGGAUUCCCUGCAGCGUCGUCUUCCUGCUUCUGGCGUGCGGGCUCGUCUACUUCCUGUUCCGCCGGAGCGGGAUCCAAAGUAAGAGCACACACUGGAACGCCGCAGUGUGGACAUUCAGGACCAUCUGUGUUCUCUGCAGGUGGCCACACCAGAUAUCCCGUGUCCAGAGCAGCAGAGAAGGUGGUGACCCCGCAGACACAAGCGCCGUCUCCCCCGGCCUACAACAGGUUGCAUCAGACGCCGUCCAGUCUUUCAGUGGCCCCGCCCUCUUUUGUGCCGCCGCCGCCUGUCAGGGUCGCCACCACCGUAUGAAGGACCCAUGUUGUACGCUAUCAUGUCGGGGUGUACUCUGGGUCUUCAAUAACUUGGGGCGGUACAGCUCGGUUGGUAGAGUGGCCGUGUCAGCAACUUGAGGGUUCCGGGUUCGAUUCCCGCUUCCACCAUCCUAGUCACUGCCGUUGUGUCCUUGGGCAAGACACUUGACCCACCUUCUCCCAGUGCCACCCACACUACUUUAAAUGGAACUUAUAUAUUGGCUUUCACUAUGUAAAAGCGCUUUGAGUCACUAGAGAAAAGCGCUAUAUAAUUCACUUCAACUUUUUACUCCGAUUAUGCUGCUGACUUUUAUCCGCAGUUUAUUCUCAUUUUGAUUCAAACCAGUUCUUGCAAUCAAUUAUUUGGUAUAUUAAUUAUAAUAAAACUUUUUCAGAACAGGUUACAGGUUAGAAAGUUCCUUUGGUCCUUCUAAAACUUAAUUCUUGAAAAAAUAACAAAAACAUUAAAAAAUAUAUAUAUAUAUAUUUUUUAUUGAUUUUGGAAAGUUAUUUAUCAAUUUAGAAUCGGGAUGAAUAAAAAUCGCGAUUCGAAUCUGAAUCGAUUUUUUGGUCACUUUAAAAAAUAAAAUACAAAUGUAUUUAAAAAUGAUUAUAGAUGCAAUAUUAUAUUUACAUGUAUGUAAUAGGGCUGGGAAAAAUAAAAUAAAAUAAAUAAAUAAUAAUAAUAAUAAUAAUAAUAAUACAUAAAUAAUAAAUAAAUAAAGUACAAAUGUAUUUAAAAAUGAUUAUAGAUGCAAUAUUAUAUUUACAUGUAUGUAAUAGGGAAAAAUAAAAUAAAUAAAUAAAUAAAUACAUUAAUUAAUUAAUAAUAAUAAUAAUAAUAAUAAUAAAUAAUAAAUAAAUACAUAAAUAAAAUACAAAUAUAUUUAAAAACGAUUAAAGAUGCAAUAUUAUAUUUACAUGUAUGUAAUAGGGCUGGGAAAAAUAAAAUAAAAUAAAUAAAUAAUAAUAAUAAUAAUAAUAAUAAUACAUAAAUAAUAAAUAAAUAAAGUACAAAUGUAUUUAAAAAUGAUUAUAGAUGCAAUAUUAUAUUUACAUGUAUGUAAUAGGGAAAAAUAAAAUAAAUAAAUAAAUAAAUACAUUAAUUAAUUAAUAAUAAUAAUAAUAAUAAUAAAUAAUAAAUAAAU